CAUCCUACUUUUAUCCAUCACAUCAAGGAUAUUUUUGGAAAGUCAACACAAAAUUAUCCCAUUUACUUUCAAACAAACUAUCACGGAGCAUCCCCUCCAAACUAUGGAUUAUAAUCCCACACAUCACAGAGAGUAAGUUGCAAAAGCAUCUCUCUUCUCCCAUGAAUGGUUUUCUUUCAAGACUCCGCCGACCCUUCUCCACUCUGCACUACUGCCCGAACUAUCUUUUCCAAUGCAACAACCAAAUACAAACUUUCUUCCGUCUCGGGCAGGUCGACGAUGCCCGGCGGGUGUUCGACGAGAUGCCUCACCGAGAUGCUUUCACAUGGAACUCAAUGAUCUCCGGGUACUGCAAAAAUGGCCGCGUUGAUGAUGCAAGGUGCCUCUUUGAUGCGUUUCUUGGCAAGAGUGUCAGGACUUGGACGUCUAUGCUUUCUGGGUACGCCAGAGCUGGAAGAGUUCGUGACGCUGAGGGGAUUUUUCUUGCCAUGCCAGAGAAAAAUGUUGUCUCCUACAAUGCGAUGAUCAGUGGGUACUUUCAGAAUGGGGAUGUUCGGAGUGCAAGGGAGAUUUUUGAUGUCAUGGGUGAUAGAAAUAUGGCUACUUGGAACUCUAUGAUCACUGGAUACUGCAGGAUGCGUUGGAUGCCGGAGGCACGCGAGCUGUUUGAUGAUAUGCCAGAAAGAAAUGAGGUUUCGUAUAUGGUUUUGAUUUCUGGGUAUGAAUCAAUGAAUGAUUAUGAAGAAGCAUGGAGGGUGUUUUUAGAUAUGCACAUGAGAGGUGAAGUGAGACCGGACCAGCAAAUAUUAUUGGGGGUGCUGUCUGUGAUCACGGGAUUGGAUGAUGCUAGAUUGGUCACAUACUUUCUUCCACUUGCAUUGAAGACGGGAUACAGUAGUGAUGUAGUGGUGGGAACUGCAAUUUUGAACACCUUAAGACGAACUGCGAGUUUGGAUUCGGCCUUAAAGUUUUUUAAUGAUAUGCCAGAGAAGAACGAGUACACUUGGAGCACAAUGAUUUCAGCGCUCUCCCAGUGUGGAAGGUUGGAAGAUGCUAUUCUGUUUUACAGACAAGUUCCAGAACACAAUAAUGGGACUCAAACGGCAAUGUUGACUGCUUAUGCCCAAAACGGAAGGAUGAAUGAGGCAAGGAAAAUGUUUGACAUCAUCAGGAACCCAGAUGUUCUUACCUGGAAUGCUCUUCUUGCAGGAUAUGCACAAAACGGGAUGGUUGAGGAGGCUAAGGAAUUGUUUUUUAUCCAAAUGCCUACAAGGAAUAUGGCUUCUUGGGGAACAAUGGUUUCUGGGUUUGUGCAGAGUGGGAAUUAUAAAGAAGCUUUGGAGGUGUUUGGUGCAAUGCAUAGGUCAGGGAUCAUUCCCGAUAAUUCCGUGUUAACUAGUACACUUUCUGCUUGCACGAACAUUGGAAAGAUUGAAAUCGGCAAACAGAUACACUCUGUAACUAUUAAAUUGGGUUACGAGUUUAAUUCAUUCAUCGGGAAUGGAUUGAUAAACAUGUAUGCUAAAUGCAAGAACAUAGAAGAUUUUCUUCAGGUAUUUGACAUGAUGAAAGUCAGGGAUACAUCCUCUUGGAACUCUCUGAUCACAGGUCUUGCUGAGAACCACAGACUGAGUGGUGCUGUUGAAGUAUUCAAGAGGAUGCCAAACCACAAUGUUGUGUCUUGGACUGCUUUGAUAUCAGCAUAUGCCCAAGCCGAACAAGGAAACAUUGCAUUCCAGUUAUUCCAUGACAUGCGCAAUGGUGGAAUAAAACCAAGCGAACAAACGGUUACUAGUCUACUGAGUGGUAGCGGUAUCCGUGGUGCUCCACGGUUGGGAGAACAAAUUCACGGGUUAGCUUAUAAAAUUGCCCUGAAUUUGCGUUUGUUUGUCCGCAACGCUCUUAUAACCAUGUAUUUCAAGGGUGGGUCCCGUGACGGGUUUAGGAUUUUUGAGGAUACAAAGGCUGAGCAUAGAGACAUUGUCACUUGGAAUGCUGUUUUGACUGGAUGUGCUCAAAACGGGUUGGGUAGAGAAGCCAUCAAUAUCUAUGAGAGAAUGAAAUCUGCUAAGGUUGUCCCUAAUCAAGUAACUUUUCUCGAGCUGCUUUUUUCUUGCUGCCAUUCAGGGCUAGUGGAUGAAGGUUUGAACUACUUUGACUCGAUGAUUCGGGACUAUGAGAUUCCACCAUCGAUAGAUCACUAUACGGUUGUGGUUGAUCUUCUUGGGCGGGCUGGGCGACUCGCUGAAGCUGAAUCACUUGUAAAUAGUAUGCCUAUGGAGCCGGAUGCUGCGAUCUUGGAUUCUCUUCUUGCUGCUUGUAAAAAUCACGGUAACUUGAAUCUUGCCCAGGACAUUGCAGAAAGGCUAUUCCGGAUGGGUACUAAUAAAUCUGGAGCAUAUGCGUUGCUAUCAAACAUUUAUGCUUCUCAAGGCAUGUGGGAGAAAGUGGAUAGUAUACGGAGCACAAUGACUAAACGAGGAAUAAACAAAGAACCGGGUUUCAGCUGGAUCCAUUUCAAAGCGAACUCGGGUACUGGAUAGGUGGAGAUGAGAGCUAAAGCAAGGAAGGCUCAGAUGAAGAGUGUUAAGAAGGAUUGGAUGCAAUUAGCUGCUCCCGCAACUUCUAGGGAUUAAGCUCCCGAUUUUUGGUCACAAAAAUUGUGGCAGAAACAAUGGAUUAGUAAGGGACUCUUCAUUGGACAUGAAUGGCUUCCCUGAAGCUUUCCCGGAUCACGUACUGCAAGACACCGAAUCGAGGAAUUGUUCUUCUCAAGAAAUACUCCACCUGUUC